CCCUUCUUUGAAUAACUAUUAUCUAGUUGGUUUCUUUUUAAUUGUUUUAUUUUAUUCAUUUACAAACAUUACUCUGCGUGAGGGAAUCAUGGAAUUCAUCAGACUGCUUAACCACUCCCCACAAAAGUUCAGAGUCCCUGGUUCAGAUUCAAUUUUCUCUAUUCAAUAAGCAAUUAUUAAGCGCCUAUUAUAUUGCCGGCCGCUAUGCUAAGCACAGAGGCUAUAAAUAGGCAAGUCUGCCUUCGGGGAGCUUACAUUCUGAUUGGAGACAACAUGCAAACACAAAAAAGCAAGUUAUUGAGAGGAAAAAGAAGAUAAAAUUCUUGCAUGUGGCAGAUUAAGGGAUAGUGGGACUGUCCUGGGGCACUGACGUCACCACAGGGGCCCCCCACUUCCCCGGGCUGGUCACGGUUAAGGCGAGGCUCCUGGGAUACUUCGGCUACUGGGUCUGGGUGCGCUGUCCAGUGUAUUUCCCGUGGCCCAAGGGCGCACCCAAGGGCACUGCAAUCUCCAUUAGAUAAUAAGGCGGGAAGCAUUUAUCCAGCGCCGACUGUAUAUUAGUAUACGGAGCUGGGCACUGGGGGAUACACGGGGAGACGAAGCCGCACAAGAGGAAGAUCUUCUCGGGGUCACACGGUCACAGGCCAGAACUAAAGGGGAAGGACCCCAAAAGCAAAGAGCUGACGCCUGAAAUCCCAACCCCGCUCCUCCUGGGGCGUGGCUUUGAGUUUCUGAGGAGAGUAAACACCGGGUCACGCGCUCAGAGAGCGCCCGUCCGGGCCCCGCACCCUCCCAUUCUCGACUUCCAUUGGCCCAGCCUGGGGGGGCGGGGCUUCGCGGAGCCCAAGGACCGUCAGGGCUAUUACCCGGCUCGUGGCUCUCCCGGGUCCAGCUGCCAUCGGGUCGCUGGGAAGAUGAGGCUGGGGACAGCGAUGCUCCGGGCCCUGCCGCUGCUGCUGCUGCUGCUGCCGCCGGCCUCGCCGGACACUCCGGAGGCGCUCGAGCUGCCCCCCCGAGAGGACGUGGCGCGCAUGGCACGGUUCAUAGUUCACGAGUGCGACUGGGGUGCGCUGGCCACCUUGUCCACGUUGCCGGCCGUGGACGGGCGCCCCUUCGCCAACAUCUUCUCCCUCAGUGACGGGCCGACGGACGGGAGCAGCGGCGUGCCCUACUUCUACCUCAGCCCGCUCCAGACGUCCGUGGGCGACCUGCAGGCGAAUCCAAAUGCUGGUUUGACAUUGUCUUUGGCACAGACUGGUUUUUGCAAGAAACAUGAAUUUGAUCCUCAGAGUCCCCUUUGUGCUCACAUAAUGCUUUCAGGAACAGUCACUAAGGUGGUGAAUGAUACAGAAAUAGCCUUUGCAAAAAAGUCAUUAUUCACUCGUCAUCCUGAAAUGAAAUCAUGGCCUUCAGAUCAUAACUGGUUCUUUGCCAAAUUCAAUAUAACCAACAUCUGGGUCAUAGAUUUCUUUGGUGGAGCCAAAACAGUGACACCUGAAGAAUAUUUUAAAGCCAAACCUUAGUGAAGAAGAAUAUGGUCAAUUACAUAAUUCUGUCAAGAAACUUGAGUUACUUUGUUUGGGAUACAUAGAGAAACUAUGUAAAAGUUUCUGUGCAUAGUUUUGUUUUAAAAAAAUCACCUUAUUUUUAUAUGCUUAAUAUUCAAAUCAAAAGCUUGCUGUGAAAAAUUUAGGUUUACUAUUUUUAUGACACUUUGAAUUUUUCUUUUUAAAGAAAUAAUUCAUUAGAAAUCCUGAUUCUACUGAGUAUUAAUGUAGUAUGCUCAGAAACAAAAGUUGCAAAUUUAAAAUGGGCCUUUGAGAUUGGAAGCUUUUUCAGUUCUUGUUUAUUCCUGGAAAUUUCUUUGCUCACUAAACUUACUAGUCACUACUUAUGAGGCCUUUGAUAGUUUUAUCUGAACAGGAUGAAAAGUGAAAAAUUUGCCCAUAUACUGAAUGUGCCUGAAUCUUGACAAACAAACUUUUUUUUUAAACCAAAUGAAGCUUCAGACAACUAAUCAGCUUAUGUAUGGUGAUUUUGGGAUUCUUGCUAGUCAUACAGGAAUAAAGCUAGAUUGUGAAGAAAUUGUUGUGACAAUAUGUGGACUCAAGUAGGCAGAUGAAUUUGUCCCUAAGUUUGAUUUUUACCCAUUUUACCUAAAUAGCUUUCUUCUUAGGAUUCCCUUCCUCCCUUUAAAAAAACAAAACAAACAAACAAACAAACAAAAAAAACAGUGUUGGAAUUUGUGGAUAAAUACUGAGAUGAGUCCAUGGUUUCAGGUAUUAUUCUACAAUGUUCUUUAACUAUUCUUUCUUGCUUUUGGCAAUAAGGUCAUCAGGCUUUUUUAGGUGUUUUUUCCAACCCCUCUUGAAAGAAACCAGGAGAGGGAAAAUCAUAUAAAGAAAAGGAAAAAUGUUUUCUUCAAAAUAAAAUGUAAUGGAAGAUGUUAUUGCUAAUUAUUAUAAUGAUUAUAAAAAUAAGUCUGAACCCUUUUGGGAAGCAGGAAGAGGUAUUAUCUUGAAAGGUAGUAUGAUGGAGCUGGAAUCAGAUCUCACCCCUAAGACAUAUGUACUUGUUAUAGGACACUGGACAAGUAAUUUUACUUCUCAGUAUCAUAGACAUCUCUCUUAAAGCUGUAAGUUGCAGAGAAAGUGCCAAUUUGCAUUGAUAGAAGAAAUUUUCUUGUCUGAGAGUUCUUUAUAACAUUAAAUCACCAAUCCAGUUCCUAUCCUCUAUUUGAGUUCUUAAAAUUGAUUAUUCUUAUAAGGUAAUUCCUAAAUAUCGUAGACUAAAAUAUUAUUUUCUAUAUUUCCAAUAGUCAUUUUCAGACAAGAUUAUUUAUUUGAAAGUGUGUAAGCUAUAGCAGUAACAACAGUACUUCUAGAGUUGUCUUUAUCACUCUGUUAUUGAUUCAUUUUUUAAAAAAUGCUUUAUUCCUAGUUGUUUAAAUCAACAUCAAGGGAAUAAAAAAGGGAUGAAACUUUACCAACAUCAUAUUAAAAUCCUUUAGAAUUUCAUUAAGUAAGAUCAGGUCCUAUACAGAUUUGCCUUCCCCAGAGUUCCAUCUUAAAAUGAAUAAUAGCUAUUCAACAAAUAUUUGUACUGUAAAUUGAUUACCCUUGAGGUUUCAAUGAAUUUAUGUAACUCAGGGAAACACAGCAUUUGAAAAGAUUUUGGGAGCUAUUUAGAUGAAAUGGGUUUUUAGAAGCCUACCAGCUAUCUUUCUUAAAAUGUUAUAAAGAAAACAAAAUUGCUCAUUUACUCAAAAUCUGCUCAUUGCAGAAAUAAUUUCUAUGGAUUUUUCAGAAUUCCUUUUGAAGUGUUAUAUGUUGGAAGUUAAAUGUUAUAUUCAAAAAUUGCAAAGUGAAAAAAUGACUUUAUUAGAAAACUAUAAAAUUGACUUUAUAGUAUUCUAUCAUGCUCAAUUGAUGCUUUAAAAAAUGUUUUCUAUAAAAUUUCAUUGUGAAGUUGAUCUCAAACAAAUCACUAAUAAUUAAAAUUUAUUCUUUAAUGAAAA